AUGGAGCAGGGUCAAUAUGACCAGCUCAAAGACAGCUGGAACGAGGUGGAGGAGCGAGAUGGCGUGCGGAUGUCGUGGAACGUUAUCGCCGGCUCAAAGAUGGAGGCCAACAGACUGGUCGUUCCCAUCAGUGCCCUGAUUACGCCCUUGAAGGAGCUGGGCAAGCCGCUGCUCACAUACGAGCCCGUUGUCUGCAAACCGCCAUGCCGAGCAGUCCUCAAUCCCUUCUCCACCGUUGACGUCCGAGCAAAGAUAUGGAUCUGUCCCUUCUGCUUGCAGCGCAAUGCUCUGCCACGCCACUAUGCCGAUAUCAGCUCCGAGAAUGUGCCCCCAGAGAUGCACAGCAUGAACACCACAGUCGAGUACCAGCUGGCUCGUCCCGCACCCUCUCCGCCAAUCUUCCUCUUCGUUGUUGAUACAUGUCAGGAGGAGGAGUCUCUGCAGGCGCUCAAGGACACCCUGGUCAUGAGUCUGUCUCUACUACCACCCAAUGCCCUGGUCGGUCUCAUCACAUUCGGAACCAACGUCACGGUUCACGAACUCGGCUACGGUGAAUGCCAGAAGGGAUACGUCUUCCGUGGCAGCAAAGAGUACGCCGCCAAGCAGAUACAAGAGAUGCUAGGCCUGGCUGCACCUGGACUUCGACCCAAUCAGCCACCACAACAAGGCCGCCCACCUCCGAUGGGUGCAGCAUCUCGAUUCCUCCUCCCGGUCCAACAAGCCGAAUUUCAGAUCACGAAUGCCAUUGAGCAAAUGCAGAGGGAUCCCUGGCCCGUCGCGAACGACAAGAGAGCACUACGAUGCACAGGUGUUGCCGUCAACGUUGCCGUGGGAUUACUUGAGACGAGUUUCCAGAAUGCUGGUGCCCGCAUCAUGCUCUUUGCCGGCGGCCCUGCCACCGAAGGUCCUGGAAUUGUCGUUGGCGCUGAGCUGCGUGAGCCUAUUCGCUCUCACCAUGAUAUUGACCGAGACAACGUCAAGCACUUCAAGAAAGCGCUCAAGUACUACGACAAUCUAUCGAAGCGAACAGCGCACAAUGGUCACAUCAUCGACAUCUUUGCCGGAUGUCUCGAUCAAGUUGGUCUGCUUGAAAUGAAGGGUCUUGCGAAUAGCACCGGUGGGCAUAUAAUCCUUACCGAUAGUUUCACUUCCUCCCAAUUCAAGCAAUCAUUCAUCAGAGUCUUCGAGAAGGACGACCAAGACAACCUGUUGAUGGGGUUCAAUGCGUCUCUUGAAGUCAUCACGACCAAAGAGCUAAAGAUUACUGGUCUCAUCGGCCACGCGGUGUCGCUCAACAAGAAGUCAAGCUGCGUAGGCGAAACGGAAUGCGGUAUUGGAGGUACGAGCUCCUGGAAAAUGUGUGGCAUCAAUCCCACUUCAAGCUACGGCGUAUACUUCGAGAUUGCCGGCCAAGGCGGACCAGCGCCAGCAGCGCAGGGUCCACAGCGAGGUAUCAUGCAGUUCCUCACAUACUACCAGCAUUCCUCUGGCCAGUUCCAUCUGCGAGUUACCACAGUCGCACGCAAUCUCAGUGGUCCGACCGGCGACCCGGCUUUGGCUCAGUCGUUCGACCAAGAAGCAGCAGCUGUGCUAAUGGCACGAAUUGCCGUCUUCAAGGCCGAGGUUGACGAAGGCCCGGAUGUGCUGAGAUGGGUUGAUCGCAUGCUCAUCCGGCUCUGUACGAGGUUCGCCGACUACAGAAAGGAUGACCCUACUUCGUUCCGGCUUGACAAGAAUUUCACAUUGUACCCUCAAUUUAUGUUUCACCUCCGAAGAUCACAGUUCUUGCAGGUCUUCAACAAUUCCCCAGAUGAGACAGCCUUCUAUCGACAUGUGCUGAAUCACGAAUAUGUUGGCGACUCUCUCAUCAUGAUCCAACCUACACUGGACUCAUAUGCCCUGGAUCAAGAAGGCGGCAUUCCUGUUCUCCUCGACUCUGCAUCGAUACAACCUCAGACUGUUCUCCUUCUCGACACCUUCUUCCAAAUCCUCAUCUUCCACGGUGAGACGAUGGCAGAGUGGCGAAAAGCCGGCUAUCAAGACCAGGAAGGAUACGAGAACUUCAAGACUGUGCUUGACGCGCCCAAAGAAGAUGCGCGCGAGCUCGUGCAAGACCGGUUCCCGCUACCUCGAUUCAUCAUUUGCGAUGCAGGGGGGUCCCAGGCUCGCUUCCUGCUGUCGAAGCUGAAUCCGUCAACGACUCAUGCGAACAGUGGAGGCUAUGGUGGUGUACAGCAGACUGCUCAGACAAUUUUCACAGACGAUGUCUCACUACAGACAUUUAUGGACCAUCUCAUGAAGCUUGCAGUAUCUGGGUCAAGUUAG